AUGACACAAAGGAGCCAUAGGUUUGAGGAUGGGAGGCUCAGAUAUAUCACAUUGGGUUGUGCUCGUGGCGGGAAGGCACGGAAUCGGACCACAAAUGUAGCUCGACCACGUCCGACAUCAAAGACAGGUUGUAGUGCAAGGAUAAAUGCUACAUUUUUUGAAGGGGUGUUGAAGUUAUUGACUGUUCACAAUACCCACAAUCACGGACUAAGUCCACAAAAGUCGAGGUUCUUUCGCUGCAAUAGAGAAGUGAGUUUGUCUGUUAAGAGAAUGUUAGAUACAAAUGAUCAGGUUGGUAUCAGAAUGAACAAGAGCUUUGCCGCUCUUGUGCAAGAAGCAGGCGGGUUUGAGAACUUGCCAUUCAAUGAAAAAGACUGUCGUAACUACAUUGACAAGGCACGCCACCUUCGACUUGGGAAAGGUGGCGCUGGAGCCCUCCAUGAGUAUUUUGCUAGGAUGCAAUACAAAAAUAAUGGAUUCUUUUCACUAAUGGAUAUGGAUGAUGAUGGGAGGUUGAAAAAUGUCUUUUGGGCAGAUUCACGAAGUAGGGCAUCAUAUAAAUAUUUUGAUGAUGUUGUCACGUUCGACACUACAUAUCUGACAAAUAGGUAUGGGAUGCCGUUUGCACCGUUUGUUGGUGUAAACCACCAUGGACAGUCAAUCCUUUUGGGGGCAGGAUUGAUUUCUAAUGAAGAUACAGAAACAUUCACAUGGUUGUUUCAGAGUUGGUUGAACUGUAUGGAUGGUGAAGCUCCAAAGGCUAUUAUCACAGAUCAAGAUAGAGCCAUGAAAAAUGCGAUUGCGCUUGUCUUUCCGAACCACACCGAUUUUGCUUAUGGCACAUACUGA